AACGCAGACAUGACUGGGGAUUCUUCCGCACUGUAGCUGGAGGGUUCAUCGCCUGACGGACCCCGCAAGCAGCUCGAAGUACACUGGCAACGUACUCCAAGCUGGCCGAAUUUGAGCCGCCUACAGUCAUUCUACCCAGACCAUUCCGAGGAACGUGUAACAGUAAAAUUGGCUUGCCAUCGUGACUACAGGAAUAGCAGUAUACGUUCUGCGCAACAGUGUUCGGCCUCGCCUUGUGACUUUAAGGAUCAAACUUCAUGAAUUCAAGGAGCCACCAGAUUUUCCGUCUAUUUCGCCUUCAUUUUACGAAUAACACCGUGACAUGCUCCGUAUAAAAGAUGCGCUUUACCUCCACUGUACAGCAACCUCAACGGUGGUAUCAGGUACCCGACAGUACGAGUGCCAUCUUCCCCUUCCUUUUGACAUCUUCACUAAAUGCGUUCUCUCUAGAUUUCCGUUGAUUAUCGUUGAUCUUUCGACUGAACUGUCUCUACAUAUUCUAUUGUCUGGUUUGCGUAGAUGUUUCUAGUUAACGUAACAUGCUCUAACAUGUUUGGACUAACAGGCCAUGUUCCGCGCGAGUGUCCUCAUCGCUUUUUCUCUCCUUGCCUUCGUGUCCGGCCAGCAGGUCGGUACGCAGCAGGCUGAAAAUCACCCAACACUCUCGUCGCAACACUGCACCAAAAGCGGUGGCUGCACCACUGCGCAAACAUCGGUUGUACUCGAUUCUAACUGGCGUUGGCUGCACACAACCAGCGGCUACACGAACUGCUAUACCGGCAAUCAGUGGGAUACCUCUCUUUGCCCCGAUCCCACUACUUGCGCACAAAACUGCGCCCUCGACGGCGCGGACUACUCUGGCACCUACGGCAUUUCGUCUUCUGGAGAUGCUCUCACCCUCAAGUUCGUGACGGGAAGCAAUGUCGGUUCUCGUGUGUAUCUGCUCCAGGACGACAGCACGUACCAGCUUUUCAAAUUGAAGAAUCAGGAGUUCACGUUUGACGUUGACAUGUCGAACUUACCUUGUGGUCUCAACGGUGCUGUAUAUCUCGUUCAGAUGGAUGCAGACGGCGGGACAUCGAAGUUCCCAACUAACAAGGCUGGAGCCAAGUACGGCACCGGCUACUGCGACUCGCAGUGUCCUCAUGAUAUCAAAUUCAUCAACGGCGAGGCUAACAUCCUUGGCUGGAAUGGAACGUCCACCAACUCCGGCACUGGCCAGUAUGGCACGUGCUGCAGCGAAAUGGACAUCUGGGAAGCCAACUCCAACGCCGCUGCGUACACACCCCACGUUUGCGACGCCGACGGACAAACUCGGUGCUCGGGCACCCAGUGUGGUGACGGUGACAACCGUUACGGUGGCAUCUGCGACAAGGACGGCUGCGACUUCAACUCAUUCCGUAUGGGUGACCAGACCUUCCUCGGCAAUGGCCUUACCGUUGAUACUUCCCGCAAGUUCACCAUCGUUACUCAGUUCGUUACCGCCGACAACACCACUUCUGGUGCCCUCACCGAGAUCCGUCGUCUGUACGUCCAGGACGGAACGGUAAUCCAGAACUCCAACGUGAACAUUGCCGGCAUCGACCCAGUCAACUCCAUCAGCGACGAUUUCUGUGCCCAACAAAAGCAGGUGUUCGGUGACGAAAACUACUUCGCCACUCUCGGCGGUCUGGAAAAGAUGGGCGACGCGUUGGACGCUGGUAUGGUGCUGGCGCUCUCAGUGUGGGACGACUACGCUGCACAGAUGUUGUGGUUGGACAGCAGCUACCCGACCGACAAGGAUCCAUCUCUUCCUGGUGUCACGCGUGGACCCUGCCCGGCGGACUCUGGUGUUCCAGCCGACGUCGAAUCGCAGUCUCCUAAUGCCUCCGUAGUCUACUCGAACAUCCGCUACGGUGAUCUUGACUCCACCUACAGCACGACGGGUUCUGGCGGCGGCGGAGGAGGCGGAAGCACCACGACCGCCUCGAGUCCUGGCGGUACACCCACUGGUGGUGCUGGUACCGUCGCUCAGUGGGGACAGUGUGGCGGCAUUGGCUAUAGCGGACCUACUGUCUGCGCCUCGCCAUAUACUUGCCACCAGCUCAAUGACUACUACUCUCAAUGCUACUGAUUGCAUGCGACGCGGUAGUCUGUAUUUGUUCGUAUACUCUCGUGAUCGUCGUUGUAUUUGUAUACUGGAUCUGUCAGUCUCGAAAUAGUCGCGCAGCUCCAAGUUGUAUUAGUAUCGCCCCGCGUAACGUCCUGAAUAUAGUGUGCUUGACGUUCAUGGC